AUGUCGCCAAGAAUCAGAUCACAGUUUAUAGACGCGCAAAGAUUGGUGUUGACCAAGGCUUUAAACGUUGAGAAAGGGAAGCAUUGCCAUUUUCGAAGCGAAGAUGAUAUCCCACUCCAACGAAUCGCCGAGCUAGGCAAGGGGGGCUUUAGCUAUGUUGACCAGGUACGGAGUACUAUCAGCUACAACGAGUAUGCCAGGAAACUUAUUUCGCGUGGUCGAACCUUUCCCAAGGAUCAAAAAGUGUUGAAGGAAUUCGAAAGGGAACUAGGCACGUUGAAGAAGUUAUCCCACUUGCAUAUCGUGAAACUCGUUGGCAGCUACACAGAUCCAAGAUAUGUCGGACUCAUCCUGUCCCCCGUCGCAGACUGCAACCUCAAACAGUUCCUGAACCGCGACCCCUUAUCCCCAGCAGAUCGAUCAUUCCUCCCGACCUUCUUUGGCUGCUUGGCAUCUGCCCUUAAGUAUUUACAUGAGAAGCGUAUCCGCCAUCGAGACAUCAAGCCUCAGAACAUCCUCGUCAAAUCGCACCAGGUCCUCCUCACGGACUUCGGUAUAAGCCGGGAUUGGUCGAAUUCAGAACACAGCACCACAGAAGGGCCCACAAUCAAAACCCUACGAUAUAGCGCUCCCGAAGUCGCCGCUGAGAUGCCACGUAAUUCCUCCUCAGAUAUCUGGUCGCUAGGCUGCGUCUACUUAGAGAUCUGGACGGUCAUGUGCGGGAACUUGAACGAAUUGACUUCUCACAUGGAGGCUUCAGGCACGAUGUCGAAUCUUUAUUAUCGGAACUUAGAGGCUGUCUCGUCAUGGUCCGAUAUAUUGCUUUCCAAAGCUGGGGAUGAGGGGCUGCACAAACCCUACGUCUGGAUUCAGUCAAUGCUGAGAGAGAGAAAGCUGACCGGCGUUGGAGCGUCCAUUGUCUCUUUGACCACAUACAGGAGGCCAACGCUGAUCGGAACGUUUCAAUGA